CGUGGGUAAAACGCAACGUCACGAGAGAGCCUGGAAAACACGCGAUGUUUGGAGACGUACCAGCACCUCUGUUGUAAACCUCUGAGUUAACUGUUUCGGUCUCUAAUCAUUUUUGCCGGCUUCAUUGCUAGAUAACACUAGUAUUAAUAUCGUGAUCCGACGAGGGAGUUUUAUUUCUGAAACGGUGAAAAUGCAGCCUGCAACAGCUAAAUGGUAUGACAGACGAGACUCUGUUUUUGUAGAGUUCUGCGUGGAGGACAGCAAAGAUGUGCAAGUUAAUUUUGACAAGUCAAAAUUUAAUUUUAGCUGUGCCAGUGGAACAGAAAAAAUCAAACAUCAAAAUGCAGUGGAGCUUUUUGGGGAGAUUGACCCCAAAGAAUCUAAGCACAGACGCACUGACAGGUCUGUGUUGUGCUGUUUACGAAAAGCAGAGGCUGGGAAGUCAUGGCCACGGCUUACCAAAGACAAGACAAAGUGCAACUGGUUGAGCGUGGAUUUCAAUAACUGGAAAGACUGGGAAGAUGAUUCGGAUGAAGACUUGUCAAGUUUUGACAAAUUCUCAGAGAUGAUGAACAGCAUGGGUGGGGAUGAUCUACCCGAUUUAGAUGGUGCAGACGACGAGCAUGAUUCAGCAGACAGUGAUGAUGAAAAAAUGCCAGACCUUGAGUAAACAGACAUGGUUGCCACCUCAGUAGUUCUCAAAGUGAGUUAUAAGUCUGUUGACGAGAGAGACAAAACAUGAGUUGGCAGCCACGUUUGAGAAGAAUCUCUCCACGCAGUUUCCAAAGCGAAGCUCCUCAAGGGAGUGACAGGGAGUGACUGUUGGAUACAGACAAGCACAGACAUCCAUAGCAACAUACAGUUCUGUGCUUUGCUGUUUUGUUCUGCAUGGACAAUUCUGUUCAAAUGAAAAUGUUAUUGUUCCUUGACUUAAAUGACUGUAAUGGGAUGUGCUGAUGUCUUACACCUUCUCUCUCUCUCUGUUUUUUGCGAUGUCAGAUAACGUAUUAAAUGUUGUGAUUUCUAAUAGAAAAAAAAACCCUCACAAUGCCUAUUUUCCAAAAAAAAUGAGAUUUUUUUAAUGACAGAUUUUUUUCCCCCCUUUAAUGUUUGUAUUGUAAAUUGCACUUAUGUUUGUUAAUUUAAAAGGCAAGAGUUCUGCUUUCAAUGGGUUUUCCACAUGUUUCCACAUUUAAAAUAAACAGAAAUGCUUGUGCAACUUAAAGUUUGUGUUGAAAGUUUGGUAGUGGAGUGCUACAUCAUUUUUAUAUAGCCUUACUUUGGAAAAGGUGAGUCUUUUUUCCUUAAGUGUCACCUUGCAAAACACCAUUGUAGCAGGUGUAUGAAAAAAAAUCUUCCAUAUGCCCACUAAAGCAAGAACGGAUAUGUUUUAUAGUCUACUAAAAGUUAUCAACUUAGGUUAUAAAUGUUUAUCACAUUCACCAGAAAUAUCCUUUGGAAGCUUUGUGUGUUUGAUCGAAUGUCAAACACUUCUCUGUUUGUCAUAUGCAGUGAGACUGACUAAACGUUUCUAAUAAACUUGUAACAACUCCUG